AUGCCGGGAGCAGCCGCGCUGAAGCCGAAUACCUUGUUAGUGAUAUUUCUCCUCGGACACAUCACCCGUCCGUGGGAGAGCGUCAACAAGUCGCGGAUGUUUCGCUCCUGGCAUUUGCGGAUGGGUCCUGCGGUUGAACAGACUUUCGGCAUCGUCUUUGGCGCAAGCAGUCCCACAAUAACAAGGGAACGGCCCGUUGCCGUGGGCCGUAGUAGGAGCAGCGAUGGUAGCAUGCCUGGUCCUAAGUCGAGCGGCAGCCGGUGUGGGCAGAGCGGAGGCAACGCGUUCGGUGCCAACGCUGUGACCUAUGAUAUGUCCGAUUAUGGCAUCAAUGGCGGCACGGGAGUCUCCAGUCCAAGUCUGAAGGACGACAACUCGGUCAAGGCGGCGUUAUUCCCGGCGGCUAUCAAGAGGAGGCGGCAACGUGGCUGA